GCCCUUUAGCUUCGGCAACUUCACAAAAGGCAUUCUCGCCAUUGAAAUUCGCUGCUCGAUCUCUCUCUUUGUUCGUCGUAGUCAUCGUUUUCUUCCUCAUACAUCGCCAAGGAUUUUAAAUAUGAAGCUCGACACUAGUGGUUUGGAGUCAACUGCAUCGCUUUUUGGGGCGAGCAAUGAGUUUCAUGAUGGGUUAUCUACUGCCCCAUCGUUUGAUCUUCCUAGUAAUGUUGAUCUUGACGGGUUUCUGAAAGAGGCGGUCCAGAUGGUGAAGCCGGCGAAGGGAACGACCACACUCGCUUUCAUUUUCAAGGAGGGUGUCAUGGUUGCUGCUGAUUCUCGUGCUAGCAUGGGAGGCUAUAUAUCAUCGCAGUCUGUAAAGAAAAUCAUUGAAAUAAAUCCUUACAUGCUUGGCACAAUGGCCGGAGGAGCAGCUGACUGCCAAUUCUGGCACAGAAAUCUUGGGAUUAAGUGCCGCCUGCAUGAAUUAGCAAACAAGCGCAGAAUUUCAGUUACAGGGGCAUCAAAGCUGUUGGCCAACAUUCUGUACUCGUACCGUGGCAUGGGUCUGUCUGUUGGGACCAUGAUUGCGGGAUGGGAUGAGACGGGUCCUGGACUAUAUUACGUGGACAGUGAAGGAGGAAGGCUAAAAGGGACACGAUUUUCAGUUGGAUCUGGUUCCCCUUAUGCUUAUGGUGUAUUGGAUGAUGGAUAUCGUUAUGAUAUGUCAGUUCAUGAAGCAGCUGAGUUGGCUAGAAGGGCUAUUUAUCAUGCUACAUUCCGUGAUGGAGCUAGUGGUGGAGUUGCUAGCGUUUAUUAUGUGGGGCCAGACGGUUGGAAGAAACUAUCUGGUGAUGAUGUCGGAGAACUUCACUACAAAUACUAUCCAGUAACUGCAGGGACAGUAGAACAAGAAAUGGCUGAAGUAUCUGGGGCAUAGAGUUGUUCACCAUUUGGACCAGGUUUGAGUUGCUUCUGAUGCAAGAGACGGCAUCCAAAACAUGUCAAAGAAGCCACAAUUUUCUUUACUUGUGUUAUGCUCCGUGGAAUAUUUCAUCUACAGGACUAAGAUUAUCCAAGUUGUUUUGUAAAAGCGCUACCAUAUUAUGAUAUUUUCAUAUACAAUCGAUUGUUUAGUAGCU